GGCCAUGGAGGCGCCGCGGAGCCUCCCGCCGCCGGAGCCCGAGCGCGGCCGCGGGGCGCUGGAGCCCGCCGGCGGCUGCCCCUCGCCGCUGGAGAUCAGGUCAACCCCCAGCAAGAAGAUCUGGAUCAAGCUGCGGGCGCUGCUCCGCUACAUGGUGAAGCAGCUGGAGACGGGCGAGGUGAACAUCGAGGAGCUCAAGAGGAACCUGGAGUACACGGCGUCGCUGCUCGAGGCUGUCUACAUCGACGAGACGAGGCAGAUACUGGACACAGAGGACGAGCUGCAGGAGAUGCGCUCGGACGCGGUGCCCUCGGAGGUGCGCGACUGGUUGGCCUCCACCUUCACCCAGCAGGCGCGGGCCAAGGGCCGCCGCGCCGAAGAGAAGCCCAAGUUUCGCAGCAUCGUCCACGCCGUGCAGGCCGGCAUCUUCGUCGAGAGGAUGUUUCGCCGGACGUACACAGCCGUGGGGCCCAGCUACUCCACCUCGGUCCUCAACUGCCUCAAGGGCCUCGACCUGUGGUGUUUCGACGUGUUCGCGCUGAACCGGGUGACGGAGGAUCACGCCCUGAGGACCAUCGUCUUCGAGCUCUUCACCCGACACAACCUCAACAGCCGCUUCAAGAUCCCCACGGUGUUCCUCAUGACCUUGCUGGACGCGCUGGAGACCGGCUACGGCAAGUACCGCAACCCCUACCACAACCAGGUCCACGCCGCCGACGUCACCCAGACCGUGCACUGCUUCCUGCUCCGCACCGGCAUGGUGCACUACCUGACGGAGAUCGAGGUCCUGGCCAUCAUCUUUGCUGCUGCCAUUCACGACUAUGAGCACACGGGCACCACCAACAGCUUCCACAUCCAGACCAAGUCGGAGUGCGCCAUCCUCUACAACGACCGCUCGGUGCUGGAGAACCACCACAUCAGUGCUGUCUUCCGCAUGAUGCAAGACGACGAGAUGAACAUCUUCGUCAACCUGACCAAAGACGAGUUUGCGGAGCUGCGAGCCUUGGUCAUCGAGAUGGUUCUGGCCACCGACAUGUCCUGCCACUUCCAGCAGGUGAAGUCCAUGAAAACCUCCCUACAGCAGCUGGAGCGGAUCGAUAAAUCGAAGGUGCUCUCCCUGCUGCUGCACGCUGCCGACAUCAGCCACCCCACCAAGCAGUGGACGGUGCACAGCCGCUGGACCAAAGCCCUCAUGGAGGAGUUCUUCAGACAGGGUGACAAGGAGGCUGAGCUGGGCCUGCCCUUCUCGCCCCUCUGCGACCGCACCUCCACGCUGGUGGCCCAGUCCCAGAUCGGCUUCAUUGACUUCAUCGUGGAGCCCACCUUCUCGGUGCUGACUGACGUGGCUGAGAAGAUGGUGUUGCCCCUUGUGGAGGACGGUGCCAAAGCCAAGGGCAACCCAACAGCCAGCCAGCAAGCCAGCUCGCAGUGGCGGCAGCAGUCUCUGGACGAGCACCUGGAGCUGGGGGACAUCAACACGGAUCUGGCCAGCUUCCGCUCCACCUGGUCCAAGUACAUCCAGGAGAACAAGCAGAAGUGGAAGGAGCGGGCGGCUAGCGGAAUCACUAACCAGAUGUCCGUGGAGGAGCUGCCGCCGUGCGAGGAGGAGCUGCCAGCGCCCGGGAGCCGGCACAAGCAGAACGGCGACGUGGAAUAACCCGAGGAGGGAGCGAGGUCCUCGCCCGACCGAGCGAUGCAGCUCGAUCCAAAGUCUUCGAUGCCGUCGAGUUCAGCGCCGUUUGCAAGGAAGGAGCCGCCCGGGGAACGACAAACUCCGACCUCCAAGUUCAGGAGCUUCCUGGCCGCUCGGCCCCCAUGUCCUGCCCGCGGGGACCUGUCGGACACCGGGCUGCCGCACGGGCACCCGCGGCCAGGCUGGAGGGACCGAGGGUGCCGAGCGGAGCAGGGGAUGCCGGAGCUCGGGGUGGGGGUGGUGCCAGGGCGCGGCGGGACCCCGAGGCCGGACGGUGCCGCGGGGGGCACCGCAGGCGCCCCGGUGCUGGGUGGCUGCGGGUGAAACGGGUGCUGCCUGUUGGGGUGGGUGCGGGGGUCCUCCGUGGGACCCGUCCCUGGGUCUGCUGGUCCCGACGGGUCUUCCAGAGCCUCCUCCCGCACAGCUCCCAGCUGCAACGCGCACACAUCCGGCCUGAGCACCCAGGGGUGCUGGGGAUCGAGCAUCCCCGGCCGUGGCAGGCUUCCGACAUCCUCUGCCUCCGGCAUCCUCAGCUCCGGCGUGCCUCCAGCAUUCCUGGCUCUGGCGUGCCUCGAGCAUCCUGCAGCUCCAGCACAUCUCCAGCAACCCCUGGUGCCAGCGUCCCCGGCUCCAGUGCACCUCAAGCAUUCUCUGGCUCUGGGAUGCUUCUGACAUCUCCGGCUCCAGCGUGCCUCCAGCAUCCCCAGCUGCAGCGUGCCUCGAGCAUCCUCAAGCUCCAGCGUGCUUCCAGCAUCUCUGGCUCCAGUGUGCCUCAAGCAUCCUCCGGCUCCGGCAUGCUUCUGGCAACUCUGGCUCUGGUGUGCCUCUGGCAUUAGUGUGCCUCCAGCAUCCCCAGUUCCAGCAUGUCUCUGGCUUCUCUGGCUCCAGCAUGCCUUGGGCUCCCCAGGCUCUGGCAUGCUUUCACCACCCUCUGGCUCUGGCAUACCUGCCAUAUGCUCGGCUCUGGAGUGCCUGCAGCAUCCCCGGCUCUGGUGUGCCUGCAGCAUCCUCUGGCUCCAGUGUGCCUGCAGCAUCCCCGGCUCUGGUGUGCCUGUAGCAUCCUCUGGCUCCGGUGUGCCUGCAGCAUCCCUGGCUCUGGUGUGCCUGCAGCAUCCUCUGGCUCCGGUGUGCCUGCAGCAUCCCUGGCUCUGGUGUGCCUGCAGCAGCCCCAGCUCCGGUGUGCCUGCAGCAUCCUCUGGCUCCGGUGUGCCUGCAGCAGCCCCAGCUCCGGUGUGCCUGCAGCAUCCUCUGGCUCCGGUGUGCCUGCAGCAUCCCUGGCUCUGGUGUGCCUGCAGCAUCCUCUGGCUCCGGUGUGCCUGCAGCAGCCCCAGCUCCACGCCCGCUGCCCUGCCCUGCUCUGCCCGCAGCCCAGUGCCUGGCCGCCGUGGCACAUCCCGUGCGUGUCCGUACUUUUCUACCAUGCGGUAACUUGUGGUGUCUCCGACCCGGUCAUUGCUGGCCCAGCUCCGCCUCGCGCCUGCCUGCACCCGCGCAUGUGAAACGAAGCGCCGCCGCUAACGAGCACUUAAUAAACCGUACGCCACCACCAG